UAUGUAAUAGUGGUUUACCGAUAUUUUUAAGGAACCGAAUCGAAAGCAAUAAACCCUGCGGUAACAUCACAUAAAGCGAAGAAGGAGGAGAGGAUUAAGGUUUGAACAUUCACAAACACAUUCUCCUUUUCAUUUCAUUUCCCUCCAAUGGCUUUUACUUCUUCUCUUACUACCACUUCCCACUUUCCCCCUCUCCCAAACAAAACCCCAUCCCUAAUCCCUUUUAAAUCUCAACCGUUAUUUUUCCCUAGAACACACCCAAAAUCACUCUUCUUAUCAUCUUCUUCUUCAAUCUCAACCGUCGCAUUUGCAUCAUCUUCAAAAAUUUCAUCAUCAUCCAAUAACAAUAACCGUAAUUCGAAACAAGAGGAAGUUGAGGAAGUUGAAGUGGAGGAAGAACUUCCGUGGAUUCAAGAAAAGGCUCUGGACCUCGUUGAAUUCACCGGCUCGGUAACCCAAGCAAUUCCCGGACCUAGAGUGGGUCCCACUUCUUUGCCUUGGAUUCUCGCCGUUCCUCUUGCGUAUGCAGGCCUUACUUUUGUUGUUGCUUUUGUUAAAACGGUUAGGAAAUUCACUUCUCCUAAAGCACAACGCCGUAAACUGGUUGGUAAAAAUGCGAUGUUGUGUAAGUCAGUGGAUGAGUUGUUACAAAGAGGAAGAGAUGGUGUUAAGGUUGAUGAUCUCAAGGGAAUUGAGAAUAAGACAGGUUUUGCUUUGGAAGAAAUUUUGCGCAAAUAUAUCCGAUACGCUCUGAAUGAGAAACCAUUCAACCCUGACAUGGUAGCUGAUUUAAUUCAGCUAAGAAUAGCUUCUACGUUAAAUGACUCGCAAAUUGCUGAGAUUCUAAAUGAAAUUGCCCGAAGAAUUGUGCGAGACAAAGGCCCUAUUGUAAUGAAUAAAUCGGGUUAUACUGAAAAGGGUUUCAAGAGAAAACUAGCCGUUGAGGCCCUUUUUGGAAAGGUCUUCUAUCUAUCUGAGCUGCCAGAGUUCUGUUCAAGAGACAGCUCCUUAGUAGUCAAGGAAAUCUUCGGGGUUACAGAUGAUGAUGCUGACAAACUCAGAUACACACAACUUCUGAAGCUGGCAACCUAGAUUCACUUGAGAAGAUGGUAGAUAUUUCAGAUUCAGAAGAUUCUCUUGAAGAUUCAUGAUGCUUGAUGCAAAUACAAAAAGGUUGAGGAAUUAGUGCUGCAAACAAAAUCUCGUGAUGAGGCUGCAAAAUCUACACUACCAUCAUUAUCUCCCAUCCAAAAAUGGAAGUAAAAAUAUUCCAAUGAGCAGGGCAGGGUUUUUUUCUUACUUUUCUUUACAACUUGUGUACUUUCAGCUUCCUCUCGGAUUAAGUUUUAUGCUUUAACGUUUUCAUUAGUGUCCCAUAGGUCAGUCUUUAACAGCAUUGAUGUUACUGUGGAGAAAUUGAAUUAACAUGUGUUGUAGAGACACAUUUUGGUAUAGAUAUAGAAUGAUAUUAUGUUGUUCGUUUGGGAUAUCAAUUUAAAAAUAGGAGCCAUUUUCUCCCCAUUUUAACUUCAAA